AUGCAAGGUGCGUUUGCAAGCCAUGGAUUCAGAUUCACUCGCGCCCUAUUUUUGCUAAUACAUUCAAACAAUCCACCACUUCCACUGGGACGACCUCCCUUAGUUCGUGAAGAGACCACCGUCAUCGCUGCCAGAAGUAAAAGUUUCUCGAAGCGAGAUGCUGGAGAGAUAAAAUCAUCAAUUCGAGCAAUUGUUCAUGAACCAAGCGUUGUCUCACUCAAAGAUAUCGUAAAGCGCUUGCGAGUUGUUGCAAAUCUGGCUAAUCUACAAAUAUGCAGAAGAUUAUUGAACAUCCCAAUGUCUGAUAAGCUUGACAAGCUUGAUAAACCGAACUUGAAAGAAUUGUUUUCUGUUGCUGAAGGAAAACAGGACUUAUCAAGUCAAGUUGGCCAGGGUGGGGAUGAUAAUAAUUUGAAGGAUAUUGAUCCUUUAGACGAGGAAUUCAAAACAUGGCAGCAGACUCUUGCUGAUAAUGAAAAGGGAUGGAUGCGAUAUCCUACAAGGGAUGCAGGAUGCUUGCAUCCACUUCAUGUAUCUCUGCCUCUUGCCAUAUGA